AUCAAACAACAUCAUACCUGUCAAAGUAUGAAAGACUUCUCAAUUCAGGACGUCUGUUCACUGCUCAGGGAGAUAAACCUCGAGCAAUACGAAGAUAUGUUUGAGCAAAAGCAAAUCGAUGGUGGAUUGUUGGAAGAUUUGAACGAGGACGUGUUGAUAAAUGAUUUUAAAAUGCCAUCGUUUCAUGCUAUGAAGUCAAAAAAAGCUGUCAUGAACAAUUGGAGACCUUUGAUAAUUCCAUCACCUGACAUCAAACGACAUGAUACCUGUCAAAAAUUUAAUUUGAAAAGCCAAUUUCUUGAUGAACAUUACAACAUUAAAAAAGACGUACAUAAAAAAUUUAAAAGCAUAUCGUGGAUAUGUGGCAACUAUGGAACAGUUAAAAAAACAAAGUUAUACCAUAUCCUCAUUUGUAUAUCACAGUUGAUGGUGAUGAAGGAAGGUCCGAUGAAGAUUUAAAGAAAGAAAUUGACAAGAUAUUUGAUUGGGAAGCAUCAAAAUUCAUUGAAAUCAGGCGUAAACCUUACAAAAACCCACAGAUUCGAUAUUUAUCAAACUUUCGCGCUGUUCGAAAGAA